AUGGGUCACAGUACGAUCAAUACGUCAAAGACGGGCACUGUCCUAACUGCAUCUAUCAACAAUCCACCAAUCAACCUUUGCGACUGGAGGUUCAUGUCUGAUCUUAACGACCUCCUCACCGAUGUUGCCUCAAGCGGUGAUAUUAAGAUCCUAGUGGUUCAAAGUGCAAAUCCGGACUUCUUUGUUGCUCAUCUGGAUCUGCUCCCCCAUCCUGAGUCCACGCUUCCAGAAAUGCACCCUGAGCACCCAACAUUGGGAUAUUUCUUUGGUCUCAUGUAUAAACUGACCAAUCUUCCCAUUGUGACAAUCGCUCUCGUUGAAGGAUGUGCGCGAGCCGGAGGCUGCGACUUCACUAUGGCCUUCGACAUGCGCUUCGGAAUAAAAGGUCGCACACGGUUAGCCCAUCUUGAAGCUUGCCUUGGUGUGUAUGCGUCAGGUGGAGGAGCGAUGCGACUGGUUCAACAGAUGGGCAAGCCGCGAGCAUUGGAGUAUCUGUACUCAGGGCGGGACAUUGGGGCAGAAGAAGGGGAGAAGUACGGACUGAUCAACCGGGCGUUUGAGACGUCAGAGAGUAUGCAUGCAUUCGUGGAUGCUUAUGUUGGUCGCGUGGGAAAAUUUGAACUCUCGGCACUGGCUAUGACGAAGAAGAGAGUCAACGAUGCUACUAACGCAUCAUCCCUGGAGAUAUUCGAGAAGGAUUUUCAGGCGUUCGUGGAGCUUCUGACUCAGCCGAAGACGGCCCAGCUUGUUACAGAGGUUUGGGCGGUAAUUAAAGGGGCGACAAAUUGCGAAGAAGAGAGGACUUUGCCUGAUGCUCUCAUGGCAAUGCCAUCUUAUCAGUGA